GCUGGCUGCUCCCUCCUGAAUAUUACACAUCAACAAGCUGAACUGCACUAAAUCGACAGGAAAUAAACAUUGGCAGUAUUUAUAGGUGGAAGUGGCGCAAAGGUUGACCCACGAUUCCGCCAUGCUAAUUGGUACUAAUCAACGAAACCAUUUGACCAGUUGGUCGCAUUAUAAAACCAAAUCUUGUGGUCAAAAUUUGCUUUUAGUAUAAUUUCGUGAUUCAGAGCAGUGACAAUGAUCAGGACCGUUAGGCUGUGCGUCGAGGUGAAGGCUAUUCUGACCAUUCUCGUUGUGUGCUACGUUACAGGUGUUGCCUACGGUUUCAGCAGGAAGGGAGACCGUGAUCUAUCUUCGGCCGAUUUGAAGGAAGUAAGUGCUCGAGCUUCACAGGCUGUGGAAGCUUACUACGGGCAAAUGUGGUUUCGCUUGUGGCAAGGUCCGAUGAUAAUGGUGCUUAAAUAUACAGCCAUCUUGGGACUCUUGAUGUUCACCUUCGGUACCACAGCAAUUCAGGGAGCAGUUGUGUACAACAAGCAAACAAGCGAAAAUGCCGCGAACCAAAAACCUGUUGUAAUUGAUGGUUAUGUGGAAAGUUAUGGAAGUCCUUCACAACCACACAAACAUUUCUGGGGAUAGGAAAACUUGCGUCUAAAGCGAACUAAUUUUAAAAAUAAGACUGAAUAAAUAUGUAACAUAAAUUAUUUAUUUAUUAAACG